CCAAAAAAAAAAAGUCAUUUAUUUUUCCAACAUGAAUAAGUUUGGAAAUACCAUCAGUUCACCAGGCAAUCCAGCCGAAAAAGUAGCAGUUGGAAUGGAUUUUUCAAAUCCCGAGGCUUCCUCCAUAUGUACUGACCAGCCGGCGGCAACUUCCACGCCCAGUAACCUAAACUCACAUCGGUCCAGGGUGAUGGCUCUCCGAAAGGAUUCGCAGGCAUCCGGUGACUCGUCUUUGGUGGGGCGGAUACCACAAACAUUCGGGCAUAUCAAGGGUCGAAGGCCGAUUCGGUCUUGCAGGACCCCUAAGAAGACCCUUUCGUCUUCGAACGCUCCGGGAACUUCGCAAACGUUAAAGACACCGUGUCAACCGAAGUCCCCAAAGAUGGUGAAGACGCCUAGGAAGUUCACAGGAACGACGACAGUCAAGUCGGCAAUGAAGCCAGAAAAGUUUCCCAAGCCAGCUUCCCCUGCAGCAGGAACCAGUUCAGCUUCGACAGCCCAAUUGAAUGAAAGAAAGCGUCCCAUUUCUCCAGAACCCGCUACAUCGACAGGAGAAGUAAUCGAUGGCGACAUCAAAGAAACGCCUUCAAAACGGGCUCUAUUCCGAGUUCUCCAAGUGAACAUUGCAUCUCCUUUCUCCAUGAAUCGUGACAAGCAAAUAAAAUCCGUGAUCGUAGAUGGCGAUGGCCGCAGUCAAAUGGCCAACGAGAUCGCACUUAACGAAGCACAACGAGACGAGUUUUCGGAGCUUCCCGAGGAACAAGUGGAGCUAGAGAUCGGGAUUCAGGAGGAUUCGAUCAAUACACAUCCACCUGAGGCAAGGAAGUCCCGUGAAACGUCAACCAACACUGAAAUUUCGGUUUGUCCGAAAUCAAACUUUGAGGGCAAUGUUCUAAAGGGAUGCAACGUCAUGUAAACUUCAAAGAUUUUUUUUGAUACGAAUAUGGACCAUAAAAAUGAAGUAACUUGAUAUGAAACACACAUUUUAGUAGCGAUCUUUCGUUAUUCGGUUUC